AUGUCAAAUGAUACUACUCCAUCUCUCAUGCCAGCUUGUGUUGAACCUGUCGUUGAUGUUCUCAAGAAUAUAAAUCCAAUGAAGAUUCUUUUUUCGCUUCGAAAUGACUCCGCACAACUUGACACCAACAUCGAUAAUAAUGCCCAAGUUCAGACAAGUAAAAUAUUGAAUCUGGCAAAUAAGAAACUUACUGAUCAAAAUUUACGACAAAUUGCAUAUUCAUUAAAAUCCAAUACAACACUUAUCACACUCAAUCUUGCAGGAAAUAAUUUUGGCAUUACAGGAAUAAGAUAUUUGUUAAUUGCAUUACAAAGCAACAUAACACUUACUACAUUAGAUCUUCAAAAUAAUAAAAUAGAUGAUGAAGGAAUACAAUGUCUAGCAAAGUUUUUAUACGAUAAUACUACACUUACCACACUUAAUCUCGGUGGAAAUGAUAUUGGAGAUAAAGGCGCAUAUCAUCUUGCAAUUGCAAUACAACAUAACAUUACACUAAAAAUACUAAAUCUUCAAAAUAAUAACAUUAAAGACGAAGGAGCCGAAUCAUUAGCGUACGCAUUGGAAAAUAAUUCGAUACUCAACACGCUUAGUCUUGGAAGAAAUCAAAUCAACAUCGACGGGAUACAGCAAUGGGCAAAUACAAUACAAAAUAAUACUACACUGAUUGCAUUUGAUAUUGAAGGCAAUGGAAUAAGCGAUGACGGAGUACAAUAUCUAGCAUAUGCAUUAGAAAGCAACAUAGGUCUGACAACACUUAAUCUUGGACGAAAUCAAGUUAGUGCUGAAGGAAUACAAUUUCUUGCGAAUGCAUUAGAAACUAACAAGACACUCACUAGUCUCAAUCUGGGAGGAAAUGAACUAGGGAGUAAUGGAAUAGAAAUAUUGGCAACUGCAUUACAAUAUAAUAAUACACUCAGCACAUUAUAUCUUGGAUGGAAUAGUGUCGGUAUAGACGGAGCACGAUAUCUGGCAAAUUUAUUAAAUCAUAAUACAAAGCUUGUUAAAUUGGAUCUUCAAAGUAACGAAAUAUAUGAUGAUGGAAUACAAUAUUUAGCUGAUGCUUUACAAAAUAAUGUUACACUCACAACGCUCAAUCUUGCAAGAAAUAAUAUUGGUGAUAAAGGCGCAUAUAAUUUAGCCAAUGCUUUAAAACAUAAUAACACUCUUACGCAUCUUCAUCUUGCACUGAACCUAAUCGCUGAUGAAGGCGCACAAGCUCUAGCUACUCUAUUGGAAACUAACCGAACACUUACUGUCAUUGAUCUUGCAUUUAAUCAGAUCUCUAUAUACGGAAUAAAUCAUUUAGCGAGUGCAUCACAACAAAAUUCGACGGUGACAACACUGGAUCUUCGGUAUAAUCAAACCGAUGCUAAUAAUCGAGCAAUACUCAAUGAUACGGCAAAUGUACUUAUGUUAUAA